GUGGCGCCGCAGUCGAUCGAACUUGACAUUUGUUAUUCUACACUCGUAAUAAACAAACAUUUUCGUGGUGGUGGUUGCUUGAUGUCAUCUGUUUAAAAAAAUCUGACGUAAGAUUGUGUAGUUCGUGUCUCCCAGCUUUCAUAUUCCGAUUGUUUAAGAUGAAUAAAACCAAGAAAACGUCUUCGUAUAACUACGAAAUUCCCCCGUUGAGACCGUUGGACGAUUUUCUUCUGGAUUCGGCAAGAUUUCAAGUACCGAACGUGAAUGAUUUGGAAAAAUGGGGCAACCGUGUGUCAAAUAAUUUGUUGUAUUAUCAAACAAAUUAUUUUUUGUUGGCCCUUGUCAUAUUCAUAAUUGUUGGUGUUAUUCACCCAGUCAAAAUGACAUGUGGAUUUUUGGCAAUGGCCAUCAUUCUCAUGAUGUUUAUUUAUGUGACAAACGAAAAACGUGCCGCACUUGAAUUUAAACAGAAGCACCCAAUUGUGUCAUUGAUACUGGUACUUGCUGGAGGUUAUUUUGUUUCUUACAUGUUGAAAUCGCUGUUGGUGUUCCUGCUUGGCAUAUUUUUACCAUUCACUGUGACAUUCCUCCACUCAUCCUUACGACUAAGAAAUCUGAAAAAUAAAAUCACCAACAAGGUGGAGAGUGUUGGUUUAAUGAGAACUCCAAUGGGUAUUUUUCUUGCACAGAUGGGGUUUCAGACAGAAUUAUUUUGAAUCAGAGUCAGUUUACAAAAUUAUUGUAUUCAUUAAAAACCUAAUAAGCAGAUUAAAAGAAACAUUCUUUUAAGUUGCAGUGCAAGGACACUUACAAUUAGAUCAGUUCACACAACACCAAAGAGAUUAAUUAACACAUUUACUAGUCUCCAAUUAUCUAUCUUGUCUUUAUAAUACUAAAACUUAAGUAAUGUAUAUAGGAAUAUAAAUGCUCAUACAAAAGUAUUAAGUCUUAUUGGAUUGGAAUUGGCAGCUGGCUGGCAAGUUAUAAAUAAACAUGAGAUGGUACUACCCAAAUUUUUUUUAUUCAAUUUAUUAUAUAUAGCUUCAUAUAUGAACAUUCUUUUUAAUAUAUUUAAAUAGACAUUUUAUUUUAUGUCAAAAUAAGUCAAUUUUUUAACUAAUAUUUAAGGCACAUAAAUGGAAAGUGCAUUUUAAUUUAAGAAUGUAUUGUAUAUAUGUUAAGUUGCUUAUUGUGAUAUAUUCAAAAAUAAAAUAUUUUGUAUUAUGUAAA